AUUUAAUCUUGAUUUUUUAUAUGUAAAAUCUUAAUAGAAUCUUUAUUAAUUUAUUUAGUGUAUAAUUUGAUUUUCUUUUACAGAAAAGAAAAGUUUAUUUAAUAAAAUAUCGCUUUGAGUUUAAAAUGAAAACGAAAUUGAAAAUUUUGUGUUUACUAUUGAUAGCAAUCUAAUUGUUUACUUACACAUAGUGCUAAUCAGAUGAUGGCUUACUUAAGUUAAUAUUACUGUAAGACUACUAAAAUGCAAGAUGCUUAGAUGGAACCUCGCCAGGAUUCUAUUUUAGAGAAGGUUAAGGAGAAGGUAGAAAUAAUUUCAUGAUUCAUCUUUAAGGUGGUGCUUGGUGCUAAGGUAGCAACGAAGAAGAAAUUAUUGAUAGCUGCUUAUAAAGAUCAAAGACAAGCUUAGGAUCUAGUUCAUUUUGGCCAUAGAAUAUGACAAAUUCUGCAAAUUUAGAUCAAUCUAUAACAAAAAACCCAGCUUUUUAUAACUGGAAUGUUAUAUUUGUAAAUUAUUGUGAUGGUUUUGCUUAUCAAGGGAAUAGCUAAAGAGAGCUAAAUUCAACUACUACCCUUUACUUUAGAGGGAAAGAGAAUAUGAUAGCCUUAUUUAAUUACCUACAAAAAAAUAUGAAUAUUACAAAUGCAAACAGAAUAGUUUUAAGCGGUUCAAGUGCUGGUGGUAUAGGUGCAACAAAUUGGAGCUAAUAUUUGAGAUCUUUAAUGCCUUAAAAAGUAUUAGUCUAAUUAAUUAGCGACAGUGGAUUUUUUGUUGAUGAUGGUUGGUUUAACCCUAAAAUGUGGUAACUAUAAAUGGAUAUUGCUUACAAUAAAUAAAGAAAAGAGAUAAUACCUCUAAACUGCUAAUAUUUAAAAGACGAUACUUAGUUGUAUAAAUGCAUUUAACCAGUUUAUAAUUAUUAUUAACUUGAAAUACCUUCACUUUUUUUGCUAAGUUCAUAUGACACAUAUGUGCUUGCUAUUUAAAAAUAAGUAAAAUGUCUAAAAACUAAAAAUGGAUUUUAUAGCUUCUAUAACUGCAAUGAUCAAUAAUGGAAACUUAUUGAGGAGCUAAGGACUAAGACUAUUUAAACUUUACAAUAAGUAUUUGUUGAUAAAAAAAAUAUUAGUGUGUGGACUGUUUCUUGUAUUAAUCAUAUGUUUGAAUUAGAUUACCCUUUUUACAAUUCUGGGUUAUUUACUUCUCCCUAUCCCAAUGGAGUUACUGCAUCUGAAUCAAUUGUUUAAUUCCUUAGAGAACCUUUUUCAUAAAAACAAUACAUUGAUAUGUCAGCAUAUCCAGAAAAUGAAAAAUGUAGCUAUUUAGUAACAAGCAAAAGUUCAUAAUUAUGA